CUCACGGUGGCUUGCAGACCCUACGCGCUGGCCCGUCACAAGUGCUCCGGCCGCUAUCAUAACCCACCCUCACACCCCUUAACAUAGCCCACCGACCCCCACCUUCACCUACAAACACUAUAAAAGCCGUGGUUGAGGGUGCGGCGAGGUGGCAGUGGUUUCUUGGGGUCUUGUAUAUGGAUGUUCAGCUCACGUUUUGGUGGUGCGGAGCGGAGCGUGUGGUCUAAAGCAACAGGUAUCGUGACUCUGCUGGCGGGAGGCUGCGGUGCGUGACGGUGUGUCGAGGAAGGGAAGGAAGGGAGAGAAAGGACAACAUUGCAGAUCCUGGGAACAGAAGGGAAAGAAAGAACAUUGUCUAUCGCAGGAACUGAAAGGAGGCAAGAAGGGACAAUAUUGCACAUCGGAGGAAUUAAGAGAGGAAAGACAACAUCGGAAAUCGCAGGAACAAAAAAGGGAGAAGAGAAAGAACAAAAUUGGACAUAGCAUGAAAUGAAGGGAGGCAAGAGAGGACAAAGCAAGAAUAAGAAGGAGAGAAAAGGCGACAUUUAAAAUCGCAGGAACUGGAGGGAGAGAAAGGACAACAUUGCACAUCGCGGGAAUAUUGAACUACGCUGAGCUUAAGAAAUCCCUCAAAACAUCUUUACGUGACUGAGACUUGUAGUAAAGAAAAAAAGCUAAAUUAAUCGCAACUUUCAUAGCAGACAUAGACGUGCUAGCUCUAAAAAAAUAAAGAAGUACUGGAUGACCUUACACACAGACCGGAUAAUGAAAUGUGAAUCUAAGUUACCGUAGAAUUUCAUGCUUGCUGAACCAAAAACCGGGAGAAAGGAAAGCACGCAGAAGAGAACAAACAGAACGAGGAGCUUAUAAAGAGGGAAAGAGGGAGAUAAAUGAAGACAGAAACUACAUCUAGGAGCAAGAAGUAAACAGUGGAAAAGGUCAAAGGUUAGCUAGCGGCGGUGGUGGUUGUGAGACAGUCUUGCGGUGUUGAAAAAAGAGGAGGUGAAGGAAGGAGAAGUGGAGGUGAGACUGUACCUUAAAAAUCACUACCACGAGAUGAGUGAUUUGACGGGGGAGUCAACACCACGUCGGCCCUUCAGCACCACUAUCACCACCACCUCCAUCAUCACCUCCACCUCCAGGAACAUUCCCCACUACAGCGCACGGAGCAGAUGAGCUCGGAGUGUGAUGGGCAGCGUCGGGAGGCGGCCUGCGCAGCGUGGUGUGCGGGCGUGGGCGGGCGUGUGGGCGUGGGUGUGGCUGCUGGCGUGGGCUGGCUGGUGGGCGGGGCGAGCUGAGGGCUGCGGCAUGGGCGAGCUGCGAUGCCACGACGGAAGCUGCGUCACCGCCGACCAGUACUGCGACGGCGAGGCGGACUGCGCGGGCGGCGAGGACGAGCCGGCGCACUGCACGCAGUGUAACCGCCUCUACUACGGUACGGUGGGCAAGACGUACGAGCUGCAGGUGUUGUGGCCGCUCAAGACCCGCCGCGGCCCCGUGUGUAACCUGACGCUGGUGGCUGCCGGGGGACAACACGGAGACCUCAUCCAGAUCGCGUUCAACAAGUUCACGCUGGGCAAGUUCAUCUCCCACACGGACCGCGGAUGUCCCCACGGCCACAUGCAGAUCAUUGAGAACCAGCGGAUUUACAGGCCGGGAUACUGGUGCGGGGAUGGCCUCGGCCUGGCUAUAUACUACUCCGAAACGCCCUCCGUGUCGGUCAUCAUCACGCGGCUGCCCACAGACGACGACCUCACCGCCCUCGACGACUUCCCGAGUUUCUACGUCAAGAUGUCGUACAAGUUCCUGCGGCGGGAGGACGCAGUGGUGCGCUACGGGCGGCAAAGCGCGCCAAAGUACCUGGGCCUGCGGGACAAGACCACUGUGUGCAACGCUUUCUUUUCCAACUGCGACCAGCAGCCGUGCUACGUGCAGUCCCCGAACUUCCCCGGCAUGUACCCGCGGAACACCACCUGCUACUACCACCUCCGGCAGACCAAGGCGCCGCCCGACACCAGGCCCGUCAUCGUCCUGAGCCAGGUGGACGGCCACAAGGUGCACAUCAAGAGUCAGCCGCAGCCCCACGACACGGCCGAGCGGCACCUCAAGCUGUACGGGGACUGCUACUACGUGGGUGACUACGUGCGUGUGUACGACGGCAACUCCACUACCUCGCCCGUGUUGGUCACCUUCUGCCGCGGCGACGCAGUGCCGGAGAUCGUGUCCUCGGGGCCGGACGUGCUCAUAGAGUUUACUACGUCGGCCUUCGACAAGCCGCUGCACGAGAUGCCGUGGACACACCUGGCGGGGUUCGAACUGAAGGCGGAGACGCGGUUCAUCCCACAGGAGGCCAUCGGCGACGACUGCCGCGUGGUGAUCCGCAGCAGCGACAACAGCAGCGGCUGGGUGGAGGGCGCCAGUCACAGCGUGCCGCCUAACACCACCUGCGUGUGGCAGUUCCUGGGCUCCCACGGCCAGGUGGUGUGGAUCACCUUCGUCC